CCGCCGGUCUGCGCAUCUGUCCGCGAGGCUGCACUUCUUCACCUGAGAGCCAGUCCAGACUCUUUAAAUCACACCAUGGAUUCUUGGACAGUCUCCUCUGCACUUCUUCUCGCUGGGGUUAUUUCUUCUGCGGCUUUUAGUCAUUUCGAAACCGAGUGUUACACUGCAAACGGAGAGGACUACAGGGGCCUCCAGAACCAGACCAGCCUGCAUGGUGGUAAACCCUGCCUCUUCUGGAAUGAGACGUUCCAGCACCCUUACAACACCCUCAAGUACCCCAAUGGAGAGGGGGGUUUGGGCAGACACAACUACUGCAGGAAUCCUGAUGGGGACGUUCAGCCGUGGUGCUACAUAGCCGAUCACGAAGACGGGAUCUACUGGCGAUACUGCGACAUCCCUACAUGCCAGAUGCCUGGGAACCUGGGCUGCUUCAGAGACAGCGGCGACCCGCCCACUUUGUCCGGCACCAGCGAAACCUCCAACAAACUCACCAUCCAGAACUGUAUAAGCUUCUGCAGGAAACAGAGAUAUAAGCUCGCUGGCAUGGAGUCAGGAUAUGCUUGUUUCUGUGGCAACGAGGGGGACCUGCGUGACCACGGCGAGUCACCCAGCAUGGAGUGUAACCAUGUUUGCUUCGGCGACCACACCCAGCCCUGCGGUGGAGACGGCUGGGUCAUCAUCUUUGACACCCGAGUCGGGGCCUGUGGUGGAAACUAUUCCGCCCCAACAGGAGUCAUCUACUCUCCUGACUUCCCCGACAAGUACAGCCCUGGUCGUGUUUGCUACUGGACCAUCCAGGUCCCCGGAGCCUCAGCCAUCCUCUUCAACUUCACCUUCUUUGACAUCUCGGACCAGACGGACAUGGUGGAGCUACUGGAUGGUUACACCAACCAGGUGUUGGCACGCUUUGACUGGCGCAGCCCGCCGGGGGAGGCGGUGAACAUCACGGGCGACUUUGUCAUCCUUUACUUCUUCUCAGACCGCACCAACCAGGCUCAGGGGUUCGCUCUGCUGUACCAAGCUCAGAGAAGCCAAAUGAUUGAGUCUGAGGGUGACGACGAGGACGAAGGAGAAGACGUGUCGAGCACGGCGGGGCCUCAGCUAGCUGGCGGCGUCACAGAGAGAUCCAACAGCACCUCCAACGGACGCUCCUCCCAAAUCCUCUAUGUGAUCACGUCCAGCCCCGGUAAACCGGAGCACAACAUGCCAGGUCAGUGGGCUGGACGCGGCGAGACCACCGGCCACAGCGCUAUGUGGACCAUUUACGCUCUGGCCGCUCUCCUCAUACUGACAGUCAUAGCCAUGGUGGCAAAGCUGCUGCUGCACAUCACAGUCAAGUCCCCGAACAUCCCAACGGUGAGCGGUUCCGACAGCUGCAGCCAGAGCACAGCAUCCUCUGAGCCUUGGAUCAUCCUGUACCGACCCUCCACCAUCUCCCUCUUCAAGAAGAAGCUAAAGAACCACCAUGGAGACCUCAGCCCCCUGGUGGGUAACUAGCGCCACUCCUGCGCUCACUGUUAACCGAAUGCUACCGCCGCCAACAACUUCUCUGUAUGAGGGCCGUCAGAUGCUAGGCCCCUCAGACAAUGAAACUCUACGAGGCGCUAUGCUAACAAGCCAACAACUGAGUGGCUAAUGACAACUGACUGAGUGACUGCUACUAAAUGGCCCGUCGUGAGCCAGAGUGGCUGCACCCUCCCAUCCCACUCUGCAACAAAGAGGAGGGAGGGCAGGCAGGGCUGUCAGAGAACUUAAUGUGGGAGAGGAGAGCAAAGAAGUAGACGGAGGAAGAUCUGCAGCUCUGACAACGAUUCAAGGACGCUUUUAACAUGCGGGAAGCUUUGCUGCUUCAGCAAGGCUCGAUUUCCAUCACCCACAGAUGUCCCAAACACUCAACAUACCUCCAGAAAAACCCUCCAGACUGCAGGCUCACCAGAGAAAACACAACAUAGCUGGAUGCAGCUCAGUUCACUCUCUGUUCUUUAGUGUGAGACACUUGGGUUUGCCUCUUUCUGGUGCUUCACAGUCACUGGUAAUCAUUUUCAGUAUCAAGAAGAGGAUGAAGAAAUGGAGUCUUUGAUAUACCCACACACACACACACACACACACACACACACACUCACAUUAACAGUUUUAUAUAACUCUUCAAUCUGCCUCAUAUGGACUUUGAACUCUUGCAGCCAAAAACCAGAACCCUCCCAUCCAAAGAGUCGUGUAUUUAUUUGUCUUUUUGAUUCCAUAUGCAAAGUCUCUUUUUGUUGUGUUUCACGCCACAGUUAGCUUUCUACAGAGAGGGCAACAGGACAUGGAAACGUCACAUGAUGCUAGAUAUCACAGCACUUUGGGGAUGAAUCACUCGACUUGAUGUAAAAAAAAAAAAAAAGAUCAGAGAUAAAAGAGAGUGCGCUCGCCCACUCUAUCACUCAG